GUCGGUUAAUCGAAGAAGCCCAUGACUAAUUAUUGAUCCAACGGACGCAUCUCCGCGCCCAGCGCCAUGAAUGGGUGGCAGUCUGUCUGUCAUGUCAUGUGUCUUCUGCCUCUGUUUUUUUUCCUUUCCUUCUCUCGAUUUCUGCGUGAAUCUCAGGCCACCAUAAAAAAAAAUACAAAGAUCGGACCUCCCUCUUCCCUCUUCCCACUUCCCAUAUCUAAUAGUGUAUCAUCGCCGGCGACUCCCUUAAUCCUCCAGAAUCCUCAGCUCACACCGCGUCCUUUGAUUCUUUUCUCGGCCCCGGUUUCGGCUGGGAGCUCGCUCAGGCUUUUCUGAAUCGGAGAUGGCGAGUGGAAAUGCAGACAAGGAAAUGAUGGAGCAAGAGGGUGGUCAACUCGAUCAACACGCUGGGAACAACGAGAGCGGAGAUCCCAAAGUCUCCGAUGGAAACGCCGACAACAACCCUUCUCCCUCGCCGGAGCAGGAGGUGAGUACUAGCUAAAACGGAGCUUUCCCCGGAUUUGGGUUUUUUAUUUUCGUUUUUGUGCAGGAGCAAAUAAUUCGGAGCAAGUAUGGAGGGAUUCUGCCCAAGAAGAAGCCAUUGAUAUCCAAGGAUCAUGAGCGUGCUUUUUUUGACUCUGCGGAUUGGGCACUGGGAAAGCAAGGAGCACAAAAGCCUAAAGGACCUCUCGAAGCUCUCCGCCCCAAGUUGCAGCCAAAUCGACAGCAGCAUUCAAGAGCCAGGCGAUCGGCUUAUGCUCCUGGUGAAGGUGGAAUGGCAGCUGAGGAUGGGACUUCCCCCACAGACGAUGAACCUGGUCGAUCAGACGAAUCAGCUGCUGCUGCAGAGGAGCAUAUGGAGCAAUCCCAAGUUCAAUAGGGUUUCUCCCCUCAUUCAUCCGAGGUUGAUUUUUGCUGUUGUUCAAUGUGCUCUGUGGGUUUCGGGGCUGAACAUGAACUAGACAAGGAAGGGUGGAUUUUCUGAAUAACCAGGCGUUGAGAUGUUUUUCUUGUUUUGCUGCAUCUGUUUUCUGUUACUGAGAUGUUCUUGAUACCGAGUCUUCAGAACUGCUUGAGGAAGAUUGAAUCGAACCGAGAGAAGUCCAGGUUUUGUUUUGUAUGUUGAUCUCCUC